AUCAUUAUUACUGGAAUCAAGCUUUGAUCCACAAUACUUACAGAUGUAUACUUGGGAUACAAAUGAAGAGAUUAAUUAUCGAUUAAAUAUAACUCUGAAUACUGAUAUUAAUUCUAGAAUUAUACAAUCCUCGAAAGAGAUACUUUACAUAAGUAAUCCAUAUAGAAUCAACAAUACACCUACUGCAUUGCAAGUAGCUAUUAUUUGGAUAAAUGAAGACAUAUCACUAGAU